CCUCAUAUACUCUAUCCUUACUUUUCUUGCUCAGAAGUUCGAGGACAGACGUGUGGGCGUGACCGACGAUACGAAGACUCGAGGAGUCGCCUCCGUCAAGCUGCCGUCUGGUCGUCCACCAUGGCCCUCCUUGCUGGCUGAUGCCGAUCCGACCAAUAUUGUCAUCUACCUGCCACACCUGUCAUAUCCCACCAAGUGA